CGGGAGGCCGCGCCUUCCACCUCCACCACCACUUCCGCCCGCUCCAGCCAUGGCGAGCUCCUGCACCCACCACCCCCACCGCCGCGCUCCUGUCCCGCUCCGCGCCCGCAAGCCGUCCCCACCACCGUCACCUCCCCAAAGUGGUUGGCGCCCGACGGAGUGGCGCGUAGCAUGCACCAGCUUACAAGCUCUACGGCAGUCGCAAUUAGCGAAGGGCCGUGAGCGUCAGACUUGCAAGGACCUCAAAGACGAAUAGGCAGACGAGAAGAAGAGGGAGAGGAGCCCUUCGGCCUCCUUCAUUGGUUCAACAUUCGCUGAUACUAUUGGGCUUGGGCUUCACCUUCUUCAGCUAUUCAUUUAUUCACCUUGUUACCCUAUUGGGCCUAAGGGCUGAGUGCUAGUAGAUACAACAAGGAUGAGGUUUUGCACCUACUCUGGAAGCGGGGGCUUCAGUGGUUUACUUGUGUCGGCGGGCGCACUCUGCAACGUGUUAUAUUUCGUUAGAUGACAGGUUACAGGGAGAGUUAGAUGGUGCAAAGGGAGAACUGCGAAAACAUGAGAUGGUUGGUGCAUUUCAAAAAAUACCAAUGGUGAUGCCUGCAACUGAUAUACUUAUGUCAGCACAAAGGAAAUCAAGAAACGUGCCACCCACCAAGGGUAUAACAAAUAUUGCUAAGCGUGAAAGGAACAAAGGUGCAAAACAACUUGAUGCCUUAAUGAAAGAACUUUCUGUACCACUGAGAACGUACACAGAAAACUUCCCUAAGAGGAGAGAUUUGCAUCCUUAUGAGAGGUCUCUCAUUGAGUUGACUUUUGGGGAGGAUUAUUAUGAGAAGGUUAUUGGACGAGUAGAUUCUCUCAGGAAAAGGAUUACUUCUGUUGGAAAGCAACAUGCUUCAGUCUGUGCUAAGUCAACAACAAAACGUGAAGCAGAGGAGCGACUCAGUGAGGGCCGAAAGAUGCUUGAAGAAGCUUUCCAGCAUGGAAAGCAUGCCAUUGAUGAUCUAGUAAACGUUGCAAAGGCUUUGCGUUCUAUGCCAGUUGUUGAUCCACAUAUUCCAACACUAUGUCUAGUUGGAUCACCCAAUGUGGGGAAGUCAUCAUUAGUCCGAAUAUUAUCAUCUGGAAAACCUGAGGUCUGCAGCUAUCCAUUCACAACAAGAGGGAUUCUAAUGGGUCACAUUGUUUCCAAUCACGAGCGUUUUCAGGUUACUGACACCCCAGGACUACUUACAAGACAUGAUGAUGACAGAAAUAACAUAGAGAGAUUGACACUUGCUGUCCUUUCUUACCUACCAAUUGCUGUCCUGUAUGUUCAUGAUCUAUCUGAAGACUGUGGGACUUCGGUUGCUGAUCAGUACAUCACGUACAAGCAUAUUAAGGAAAGAUUUGGCGAUCGUCUAUGGCUUGAUGUUGUAUCCAAAUGUGAUCUUUUGGGCAAAAAAGCGCCCACAAGAUUUGAUGAUGCUGAUGAAGAAGUAACGCAAUACAAAAGAUCCGGGCCAGAAGGUGCCAUCCGAGUAUCUGUGACGGGAGAAAUUGGCAUAGAAGAGCUAAAACAAAGAGUGCAUCAGCUACUAAGCUCUCAGAUGGCUCGGAUUAAAACUGACAGAUGUGAGCAUGAAAACCAGGAAACAGACACUACAAGUCAUAGAAUAUAAUCAAGUUUUAACAUGUAUUUGAUAUGGAGUAUUCGUUUCAAUCAAGUAAAAUUACAACUUGGUCCGACCGCAUUAAUCUAUGGACUCAGAUGUUUAAGUCUUUAUUUGGCAUUAAUCUGAUAACAAACUGGUUACAUAUCUAUAAGUUAUUCUAUC